AUGCUGGGUUUUGGGGCAGCUCCAGCUCCUCCGGCUCCACCUCCUUCUUUCCUAAGGUUUAUAAGGUUUAUAACCACUCCGUAUUGGCCUCAUAGAUAUGGCAGAACCUUCUGUAGCUGUAAAAACUACCGCUGCCGCAACACUGCAACAUUCGUGUGCCAUGUUGAUGGUACUACUACUACUACUACUAAUUAUAAUAAUAGAAAUGGUGGCCAUCCCAACAACACCAAGAGGAAGCUGCGGACUACUACCAGAGCAACCUGCAGUAGCCUCAAUCAGCCAAUCGCCCUUAUUAUAGUGGCGGUGAUGGUCUUCUCCACGGCGGCCGCAACUGCAACAAAACCACCACCAUCACAACCACCAUCUGAGGAGACACUGUCGAACAUCCCACAGAUGCUUUCGGGUGAGUGUGCUUCUCCCAUCGACUGCAAGAAGGCCAGGAUCCAACGCCCAAAAUCAAGGAAGGCUGAAUCUUGCACCAUCAAGUGUGUCACCACUUGCAUUCGAGGUGGUGCUGGCUCGCCUGGCGAGGGUCCCCUCAACGCCAGAAGGCCUCUUGUGGUCUUCAAGCAAGGGUUUCGAAGCCGUCAUUACUGCCUGGUUGAGUGCUCUGACAUCUGUAAUCUAAUCAAAGAUGGUGAAGAUGGACCCUGAAUUUGAUUCCUUUAAGCAUGCAUUUAUUGUCAAUUUUUACAAAUGAU